GCCGUGCCAGCCCGGCCGGCCCACUUGGCAUGUCUGCGGCAUCGGCAUCUAAUCCGACGUUUCCCACCGGCGAUCAAAUCCGCCGUCAUCGCCUAAAUCUCACCUUCAAUAAUCCCUCCACAGCCCCCGCUUCCUCCCGCUCAAACCCUAAUGCGGUGAUGGCCGAGGAGGUUUUCCCGGCCCAACCCCCUUCCGGCCUCUCCGACGCCGAAGACCUGCCGCUCGCGGAGCGACGACGGCGACUGCUCCGCCCGCCGGUGGAUUCAAAGCCUCCCGCUCUAGAGAGGCGGGAGGCUCGCCCGAAGGCUAGCGCGGCGGAGGCGGAGGGUGCAGGCGAAGCGGCUCAGCAGGGUUGGCUGGGACUGCCAAGAGGCGUAGAGUUUAAUCCUAGUGAUGGUGAUCUACUCUGGCACCUGGCUGCAGAAAUUGGAAAUGGCCAGGCUCGUCGUCAUCCAUUCAUUGGCGAGUUUAUUAAAUCUGUUGAUGAAACCAUAGGAUUUGGUUGCACCCACCCUCAAGAUAUACCAGGUAUUAGGAAGGAUGGGUGUGCAGCAUAUUUCUUUCACAAAAAUUUCAAGGUGUGCAACAAUGGGAAUGAUAGCUAUAUCAACUGGCAAAAAGUUGGAAACCCUAUACCAAUAAUUUUGGAUGAGGAUCUUCAAGGUUGCAAGGAAGUUUUUAUGUUGUAUACCUACAAGACAGAUGGUAACAGUCCUCAGAGUACUGACUGGAUAUUACAUCAAUAUCACGUUACAAGCACAGAGAAGGACGAGGGAGAACUGGUGGUGUCAAAGAUAUUCUACAAGUCAGAAGAAAGUCAAUUUGAAUGGGCUGAUAAAGCUCACUCUCAGUCAGCACAGGCUACUUCUACAAUCAAUGAUGAUUCUAGAGAGGACUUGCAGUUGGAAAAUCAUUCUUCUAAUGUGGUUACUGGAAGUAGUUUUGCUCAAGGCAAUGAAAACAAACAAAAGGAGAUGCAGACAGAGACAUGUCCUGAUGAGAAUAAACUAAAAUUUUCCAAUGUGCUAGACAACAUGCAUAUUGAAAACAAAAUUGAUGACCAUGAUGAAAUUGAGGAGCUUGAUCAUAUGUCUUUACAAGAGCGCUACAGAAUUCUCCGGGCGGAAAGGCAUUCUUGCUCUACUGUAGUAUCUUAUGAACAGUGUGCAAUUGAUGGUUUGGAGAAUUCAUGCAGGCUUGAAACUAAUGGUUUGAUUCCUAAAAGAAAUUAUGUAGGGACUGCCUUCAGGGAUGGUAUGCAUAGCAUGUUGCAGGAAAUUUCGUCUGCACCCCCUAUUAUUGAUAGUACCAGCAAUGAUAAUAACAGGAGACUGCUAGCUGAAGGUCUUUCAAACAGCCAUCAAAGCCAUGAGGCUGGAUGUGAUUCAGGUUUCUUGAGUAUGCCAUGUUUUGUUGCUCCAUCCCAAUGUCAAGUUGGAUGCUCUCAUGAUCUAUCGGUAAAUGGCAAUACUCUUAUUCAUAGUGACGAUCCAUCUUUGAGUUUAACACCAACUAUUGGCGAUGAAAGAAUUCAGCUGAAAGGGAUAAAUGAUAGGACCUGUUUGGCUGACAUAAAAUUGGAGCCUGCAUUGGAAGGCUUUGGGGAUUUGGCAGAGAAGAUCACAUCUUCUAUGCAUAGCACAGACCCAAAACAUGUCACUGAGGGCUCUAGUCUAGUUGGGUCUAUAAACUAUGUUUCUUCAGAGAUUUCCAAAAGGAUAUCAGAAGUAGCAAGGUCUAAGUCAGAGAGUUCCCAUGUCGAAGGCCUACUACCAUUUUUAGGAAUAAAAAGUGAGGUUAUUAGGAGUGAGUUGCCACCAAUUGUUUGCGGUCUCACUCCUAUCAAUAUCACAGAGUUCACUGCUAAAAAAAACAUUACACUAAACCAUGAUGGAGGCCUUGCUUACUGUUCUUCAAAAAGGAAAAGGAGGAAAACUGGGAGGGAUCCAAGUGAAAAGACACCUGAAGAAGAUUCUCACAGAAGUGAUGAGGGCACUGCUUACUUUUCCCGUCGAAGGCGAAGGAGAAAAACAGCAACGGAUUCAAUUGAAAAGGCACUCGAAGAAGAUGCCCCUGGACUUCUGCAGAUUCUGCUGGAUAGAGGAAUAGUGGUUAGUGAGAUUAAACUCUAUGGUGUUGAAGAAGAUGAUGAUAUGGUCCCAGACUGCACAGAAAGUGACUUUCUAGAUCUUGAAAAUGUUAUUACAAAAUUGUUUCCACAAAGAACAUCCCUGUUGAAAUCUGCAGUUAGGCAUGAGAAGGGGGAACGAGCUCUAUACUGUUUGUCCUGUUUAAUUUCUCUCAUCGAGCAGUCCCGCUAUCUUCAGUUUCGUGACUGUCCUGUUGAAUGGGGAUGGUGCAGAGACCUACAAUCCUUUGUUUUUAUUUUUAAAAGCCACAACAGAAUUGUUCUUGAGUGGCCUGAAUAUGGGUAUGCAACAUACUUCUUUGAGAUUGUGAAAUCACUGCCAAUAGAAUGGCAGAUCCAAAGGUUGGUUACUGCAAUGAAGCUUAGUGGCUGUGGCAGGACCGCUCUUAUUGAAAAUCGACCAUUAUUGAUUGGUGAAGAUUUGACAGAAGGAGAGGCACGGGUUUUGGAAGAAUAUGGUUGGCUGCCAAAUUCUGGGCUCGGCACAAUGCUCAAUUACCGUGACCGGGUAGUUCAUGACAGGUGGAAUGAGAAAUCUGUCACAGAUUGGAGGGCGAAGAUAGGAAAGCUCCUUAUGAGUGGGUAUUCCGAGGGGCAUUUGGUCUUAUCUCACUUCCCAACGAAAGUUGGCCAACUAGAAGACAUCGACGUCAAACAGGAGGACCCUUUGUGAGAUCUCGGUUGUGUAUAUGCAC